CGUACACCCACGUUCCCUACUUUUAAGCCAGGCCCAGCUUCGUCGUCCUUAUCUUCAACUUUCGACCUCGCCGUCGCUUUCAACACCAAAAGUAUCGCCUUCGUAGUUCAACAAUGCGUGCCGUCGCCACCCUCCUCGCCUUCGCUGCCUCUGCUCUGGCUAUCCAGGUCACUGCUCCCACCAACGCUACCGGCUUCUUCACCAGUGGCCAGAAUACUGUCUCCUGGACAUCAGUCUCCACUGAUCCUUCCAACUUCACCAUAGUCCUUGUGAACGAGUCAGAGUCCCCUACCUACUCGCAGGUUCUUGAUGCCUUAGUUGACACGUCUCUCGGUACUAUCAAGGUCAACCCCCCGUCUGCAGGAUGGCCCACUGGCAAAGGCUUCCAGAUUAACCUGAUCGCUAGCGCGGACCAGACCGGCGGCAUCUUUGCCCAGUCGAAUGACUUCACCUUUGUUACACCCACUGGCAGCUCUUCAGUCGUGAGCUCGACUUCUUCUGGCUCCACCACGAGCGGUGGCACUACGCUUAUCGUUUCGAACACUGCUACUACCCCUUCGAGCACUUCGGCUCCCUCUUCUAGCAGUGGCAAUGGCGCUCUCAACCCCACUACCUCUGAUACCUCCACCACCCCUUCCGGUUCUAAUGCUGCUGUCGCCACUGGUGUCCAAGCCGGCUUCUUCGGCUUCGUUGCCCUCGUCGGUGCCCUCCUCGCCUAAACGGCGACGAGUCUGUUCAUCAUACCCCUUAAUGUGUUCGCACAUUUCUCGGCGAUCUCCGUUUUUUUUCUUCUCCUUCAUCUUUCACCUAGUACUUCGGUCGUGACAGACUUUGUGACCGAUGGACUUUCAGUUCGUGUAUACAGUCUCUUGACGCGCCUGUCUUUAUGUGGUCAUAUAGUAUUUGUGGACUUUCUGUCCGUAUAUAGUGUUGUACCUCCGGUCUACCGUGAUUCUUUGGGUUCUGCUGAGCAAUCAGGAGAUGGUUUGCCUGGAAUGUCUCAUUCGAAUUGCGUUGUAGCACACCCCGCGUCAUACUGCAAUACCCACGCGCACUUCUC